AUGAUCGUGAAUUACAGGAAGUCACAGAGAGGGGGUCACGCUCCUGUCCACAUCAACGGGGUGGAGGUGGAGAGGGUUAAGAGCUACAAGUUCCUGGGUGUACACAUCUCCGAGGAUCUCUCCUGGAGCCUCCACAUAUACAGAUUCCUGAAGGUGUUGCAAAUAGACCUGCAGGAGGAGCAAAACCGGAGAGAGCACCACACUGACUUGUUUGCCAGCCCAAACUUGAUUGUGCGAAGGGGUCAAGAGUUUCGAAUAAGCAUCACUUUUGACGGUCCCUAUAACCCUAGUAAGGAUGGAUUCUACGUGGAAUUCCGAAUUGGUGUUAAUCCACAAAUCCACAAGCAAACCGCCAUCAUUGUCUCUCCUAAUCAGGAUAACAAAGGUCCAUGGCAAAGCCAGUUGCUGGAAAACAAGGGAAAUAUUAUCGAAAUGGGUAUCACCCCUUCAGCGAAUUGCAUUGUGGGAAAAUUCCUCAUGUAUGCAGUUGUUGUAGCACCUACUGGCCUGAUUAGGGACAAGGAAAAUUCCAGUGAAAUCUACAUUUUAUUUAACUCCUGGGCUCCAGAUGACACAGUGUUCAUGCAUGAUGAUACCGAGAGAAUGGAAUAUGUGCUGAACCAAGUGGGCACCAUCUACUGUGGGAGCAUCAGCAAUGUGAUGAAAAGGCCUUGGCAUUAUGGCCAGUUUGAGAAUGGAAUUCUGGAUGCUUGUCUCUAUCUCAUGGAUGAUGCCACCAUACCACUCAUCAGCAGAGGUGACCCAGUUGUUGUGGCCCGGCAGGGUUCUGCAAAGUUGAACUCACAGGAUGACAAUGGCGUGUUGACGGGAAAGUGGAGUGAAGACUAUUCCCAUGGUCGGGCACCCACCUCCUGGACAGGCAGCGUUGAAAUUCUACAUCUCUACGCCAGCAAUGGAGUGCCCGUCAAUUAUGCGCAGUGCUGGGUCUACGCUGGUGUCUUCAACACCUUUCUCCGUUGCUUGGGGAUUCCAUCCAGGGUCAUCACCAACUACAAUUCUGCCCAUGACAAUGAUAGAAGCUUAAAAACGGACAUCAUUGUUGACUGCAAUGGAAAAAUAGACAAAAAAUACACCAAGGACUCUAUCUGGAACUUCCACUGCUGGAACGAAUGCUACAUGGCCAGACCUGACCUCCCUCUGGACUUUGGCGGCUGGCAGGUUGUAGAUGCCACCCCUCAAGAAACUAGUGAUGGAUUGUACAGAUGUGGUCCUGCCCCUCUCUAUGGCAUCAAGCAGGGCGUUAUAUGCUACCCCUAUGAUUCUCCAUUUGUGUUUGCAGAGGUGAACAGUGAUGUCAUCUUUUACAAAAGGGACAAGUACGGAAAACUGACAAAAGUGUCUGUAAAUGAGACGUAUGUGGGCAAAAUGUUGCUGACCAAAGCGAUUGGUCAGGAUGUGCCAAUAAACAUCACUGAAUUGUACAAAUUUCCAGAAGGGACCAUGCAGGAGCGCCUGGCCCUUCAAAUGGCAGAAUCCUAUGGUACUGAGAAGGAUCGAUCGGUUCUGCCGAAAGUGGAUGUGGAGAUGAAAGUCACAGUAAAACCCGUGACAUUGGGAGAAGACUUUCAGCUAGUCUUGAUUUUCCAGAGCUUGGGCAGAUCCCUCUACAACGUUGAUGUCUUUGUCUCUGGCAAUGUGAUGUACUACACAGGUGUCUCUGGUCCUGAAUUCAUGUCCACUACCUUACAGGUGCAGGUGGAUCCUUCAAGGCAAACAACAGCUACCGUGGAUGUGCGUUCUGAAGAAUACAUGAACAAGCUGUUCGGUCAUGGGAAUCUGCAUUUCUUCAUCACAGGAAAAGUAAAAGAAACAGGCCAUAUGCUCAACAUCAUGCACCCAGUUAGCCUGAUCAGCCCCCAGCUUACGGUUAAGGUGACUGGGGUUCCGCAGGUCAAUCAGAGAAUGUUUGUUACAGUGGAAUUUACAAACAAUUUUGGAUUCAGUCUGAAGGAUGUUACCCUAACUGUGGAAGGAACAUGGGUUCUACCACCCAAGACUAAAACAUACAGCUCAAUUGCUCCAGCCUCAACCAUCACCUGGACUCAGUCCUUCAUCCCAAUGGAUCCAGGGCUAAAGAUGCUGAUGGCCUGCCUGGACUGCGAAUACUUGAGGCAGGUCUGCGGCACGGCGAGUGUCUACAUUAAUGUUUGA